AUGUGCCCAGUGAAGCUGUUAUUGCUGGCGUUGAGCGCGAUCAGAUUCUUCAUCACCUUCCAUGUGGCUGAUGGAAAUUCUGAGCUGAACUGGUUGCUCGAGAUGUUGAGUACUUGCAGAGGCCGGUCAGUGGUAACCAAAUAUGGAAGCUCGGGCAGCGGUCCAUUGAGCCGGCUGAAGCUGACGUCGAGGACGAUGAUGCUUCCAGAGAACAUGAGCUCCGGAGGAAGGCCACCUGAGAAGGAGUUGUACGAGAGGUUGACAUGCAGCAGACUGGUGAGGUCGGCCAGGGAUGGCGAGAUGCGCCCUUCAAGUCCUUUAGAUCCCAGGGAGACCUCAGCAACGGCCCCGUCUCCAUUGCAGACGACGCCUUCCCACUCGCAGCAGUCCGUGCCGUUGUCGCGCCACGAUGCAGCGAGGCCGCCGUCUUGUGAUAGUCCGGCAAGGAACUGA